AUGUCGGAACUUGUGGAGUUGGAUUUGGAUGUAAGUUUGGAUUUGGAUUUGGACAUUGAUUUGGAACGCUUGGUUCGGGGGGAAUCACAGACACAGGCGCAGAACCAGAUGCAGAACCAGAACCAGAUGUAUAGUCAGAUGCAGAACCAGACGCAGCAAUCGCAUGCGCAGAAAUUGAGAGAGAGUGCCGUGGGGGAUGCUGUGAAGCGGGGAGAUGUCGGGGAUGCUGUGAGGAGGGGGGAGAAUGCUAUGAAUGGUCCGAGGGGAGAGAGGAGUCCUCAUCCGUAUCUUAAGAGGCAUGAGGAGAUUCCAGGUGGGGGUGAGAGGGGUGAGAGGGUACUGACUUCGCGACCUACUUCUUCGCGAAUUACUUCUUCGAGACCUCCUUCUCCGCGACCUCCUUCUUCACGACUUCCUUCUUCACAACAUCCUUCCAACCCCCGAACAAGACCUAUCUCUUCAGGGUCUUCCGCAUCGCCAUCGUCACUGCGUUCGGCGCAAAAUGCCGACGAUGAAUUAUAUAAAGGUGUUAGGAUAGUAGUAGAUGAAUUUCCAGGUGGAUAUGUCGAAUAUACCAAUAGCGACAGUGGGACCGAGGCAGAUGAUGAACAUUUUCUCAAGGGAUUACCUGCUCCGAAGAUAAAACCGCACAAGGGAUUGAGGGGUGAAAGUGGUGGGAUCUCGAGUACGCCUAGUCCAUUGUUGAGUCCGGCUAUUUUGGAUGAUGAGAUGCGAUGGAAGGAAAAUGGAAGGGUUAGAUCUGCAGCGCCGGCUUCGAAGAUACUGACGGAUGAGGAGCAACGGAAGUUAAUUGAGAAGUUUAAACAGAGGAGGAGGAUUGAAAUUAUAAGGAGGUCAACUGAGGCGCUUUUACUAUGUUUCGUUGGGGGGAUAAUAUACCGGAGUCAAGGUGUUAAGGAAAUUGUCUAUUUAUGGAGGAAUGAACUUAUUUGUCAAGUUAUUAUUAUAAGUGGUUUAAUAGCUCUAUACCCGCUCCGACUGUUGCGACAUCUAAGUUCCCGAACACCAUGGAAAUCUCCAUUCCCUUUCACCAUACCGGCAAUAUUUGAUCCGGCUCCUCUACUAUAUCCUCCCACAUUAACGAUGCUCGUCUCGAUACUCCUUUCAGUCAGUGAUCCCUGUGGUCUUUUACCAAGUAUGAUUCUCGCAAUAUCUACAUUGCCGAAGAAAUUAAUCCCUGCGAUUGGAGGUCUAGAGGGUCGAGAUAUGCUACAUUGGGUAUUAGCAUGUAUGCCAUUAUUCACGACAACAUUGACCAGGGCUCCAUUCUUGAGCAAUGACUCACUACCCCUAAAUCCGGAGGUUUUGGUGUUAAUACCACCGCUACAUCAAGCUUUGUGUACCACACUUCAUUACCUCACAACCACCAGUCUUUUGUCCGCCGAGCUACAAUUAUUACCAACCGCCCUUAUCAACCUCUUGCUCAGAGCAUCAUCUCCACAAGCAGUCAUUUUGAAAGCACUUCUUUGGGGGGGUGGUAUCGGUAUUCUAGUUACUUGUACACAUGUCCUUAGAUGGGGUGUUGCAUUGGCUCGAGUCCCAACAUGGAGAUUUAGAAGACCUGAUUCCAAGAAAUCAGGUUUUAGACUCAGCAGAAGAUCAUUAUCAUUCGGUGCGAAUACUUUGAGCGUUUUUGCUAAAGACGCAUUUAUUAGUGAUACGAGCGAUGACGAGAUUCUUCACGAUCAUUCAACAAGGAAAAGUGCCAAAUUCCAAGCUGCAGAUUUCUCUCCACUAGAUGAAGAUAUCCAAACUGGUAUCUCGAGAAGAAAUACUCUCUCAACCUCUACACCAUCUAGCCCUUCGAAAUCAAUGAAGACGACAACACCAUCUGGUCGCAAGAAGAGGUCUUCGUCACUUAGUCUUCAAUCUUUUUUGAAAUUAACAUAUACACAAGCUACGAUACGCAAAUGGCUAUACGCUAUCUACGUAUACAUAUGCAUCCUAGUCAUUGUCCUACUAGGUAUCAGAGAAUACGUAGGAAAUCAAGCCUUACAAUAUCAUGAACCCAUAGGAUGGGCUCUAGGCUACCUAUUCGGCGAUCUCCCACGCUUUCGCUUCGAAGUCGUGAGUGCCAAUCUCCAACGAUGGAUACCUCUCCCACCUCGUUCACAAGAAACCGUCGCCUGCGAACCCAAAGGCUGGAUCGAACGAAUCCGCACCUCAGAUUUCGGCCCCGCCAACACCCGUCUCAUACUCUCCCUCUACUGGCUCCUCAUCAUCACCACCGGUCUCGCCAUCGUCUUCCGUCUCUCCCGCAUCUACGAAGUCGAUACUCGACGCAAGGUUUUUCAUUUCAUGAUGGUGGCUAUGCUUUUGCCAUCCACUUUUGUCGAUCCUACAUAUUGUGCUUUGGCACUCAGUCUCGUGUUGGCGAUAUUUUUAUUGUUGGAUAUGGUACGGGCAACGCAGAUGCCGCCGCUUAGUAGACAUUUGGCGAGAUUCUUGACGCCGUAUGUUGAUGGGAGGGAUUUGAAGGGGCCGGUGGUUAUUAGUCAUAUCUUCUUAUUGAUUGGGUGCGCGAUGCCGCUUUGGCUUUCGCUGGGCUCGGUGGCGGUAUCGGGGUCGGUGUCGGUGGCGCGUGUGGAGAACGUAAUGGGUGGACAAGAUCCAAAAUCAAAAUCAAAUAUAGAUAUAGAGGGAGAUGUAGAUGCACUAAGAGGCUGGGAAAUUCCCCAAAGAGAAGUAGCAAUGGUAGCAGGAGUCAUCUGUGUAGGCCUAGGAGACGCAGCCGCAAGUCUAGUAGGCAGAAGAUGGGGCCGACGCAAGUGGAUUUGGGGGGGAGGGAAAUCUUUAGAGGGGAGUGCGGCGUUUGUGGUGGUGGUGACGGUGGCGCUUGUGGGGGCUAAGGCGUGGGUGAGGUUUGGAGGGUGGGAGGGGGGGUGGAGGGGAUGGGGGGUUUGGUGUGGAGGAGGAGGAGCCAAUCAUUAUAUUUAUGAUGUAUAUGCAAACGCAAAUGCAAUUGCAUACGAAGAUACAUGGUCAAAUACCCUAGGCAAAAGUAUGUUAGCGGCAGUAGUAGCUAGUCUCACAGAAGCGGUGUUGACGGGGGGAAAUGAUAAUGUGGUUGUGCCGGUGGUGCUUUGGUGUUGUGUUAAGGGGUUGGGGAUUUAG